CAUCGCUGUGCGCCUCCGUUUACUCUGAUAAUUUGCCGCGGUCAGGGUACCGCUGCGUCUGCGGACCGGCGCACCGCGGAGAGCACUGCGAGUGGGGCGCCGCCGGGGCGCUGGAGGUUCCGUACUCGCUUAGCAUUCUGGUGGCUUCAGCUGUCGCCUCAGCAGCUACACUGUUGCUCAUUAUCGUAAGCUGUCUUCUAUGCCUCGUUCUGAAGAAGAAACGGCGAAGGAAAUCUGCGCGUUGUUGCAGUGAGAGCGACGCGCGGGACCGCCGAGCGAACGCCAACAAAAGACGAGCGUCGCCAGCUUCGACCAAAGACGGUCUGGCGUCUCUGUCCGAACUCGCAGAACUAUCGCCAGGGUCUUCUUCUUUGAUUCCUUCUUCCUCCUGUCAUCUGCGAACCAAAGAGGAAUUGUGUUCAGAUGAGCAAACUGCACAAAAAGAGACGUCGGUAUCAAUCAUUGGGAAGUGCCCCCCUCGCAUGUCCGUUGUUGGCAUGGACCUCGUUAAUCUACCUCUCCCAACUGGCGGAACCACCGGCAUGGGAGACCCAGACAUACUUCUCCCUCCACCGCCCCUGCAGUUCAACCCCAGCAGCACAACCUUCGGGUUUGAUGGUGGAGGUCCGAACUCCAGAGCAGAUUACCUUCAAUGACACGAGUGAAGAAUACUUGGUUGAAAACGUUAACAGACCACUUUCAUUGUUAUUAUGAAAUAUUAUAUUUUCAUCGAAUA